AUGAAUAUCCCCCUUUCCCUCUUUCGUCAAAUGAUUUCUGUUCACCCUCUUCCUUCAAUCAUUGAUUUCUGUCAAUUAUUCACUGCAAUGUCUAAAUUGAAACGUCUGCAACCUCAUUCCACCAUUAUCGCUCUCUUCAGGGAGCUUGAGUUGUUGGGUAUUCAGCCCGAUAGACAUUCAUUGGGUAUUCUUGCUAAUUGUUAUUGUAAUUUAGGUUGUGUCGAUUUCGGGUUUUCUCUUAUGGGUAAAUGCCUUAAGCUUGGAUAUAACCCUAAUUGUGUUACAUAUAAUACUUUGAUUAAUGGGUUUGUUCUUGGUGAUAAGUUGUCUUUAGCUAAUAAAUUGUUGGAUAAGACUGUUAAUCAAGGGUUUCAACCUAGUAUGGCUACAUAUGCUGCUUUGGUUAAAGGGCUUUGUAGGAUGGACCGAAAAGUGGGUGCUAUUAAGUUGCUUAGUAGAAUGCAUUCGGGUCCUUUUAAGCCGUGUGAGUUUAUGUACACCACCAUUAUCGAGUCUCUUUGUAAGGACGGGUUGUUAAACGAGGCAUUGGAUUUGUUUGCUGAUAUGAAAAGUGAAGGUAUUAGUCCUGAUGGUGUCACGUAUGCCACCUUGGUUCAAGCCAUCUAUAAGUCUGGCUCUCGGAAAGAGGCUAAGCGUAUGUUGGAUGAGUUAUUAGAUAGCAACAUAGGGCCGGAUGUUCAGACCUUUACUACGCUGGUUGACAUGUUUUGUAAAGAUGGGUGUUUAUUUGAAGCAGAAGCGGUUUUGCAGUACAUGAUUGAGAGAGAUAAGGCUCCAGAUAUUGUUACUUACAGUGCAUUACUUCAUGGAUAUUGUUCACGUUUCAAGAUGAGAGAUGCCGAGAAGCUACUUGAUCUCAUGGCUCAAAAUGGUUGUGAGCCUGAUCUUGUCAUUUUGAGCACUAUGAUUAAAGGUUAUUCCAAGAUUGGAAAAAUUGAGAAGGCCCGCAGCUUAUUCCAAGAGUUUUAUAAGAGAGGGAUAAAACCUGAUGUUGUUGCCUAUACCACUCUUAUCAAUGGCCUGUGUAAAGCGAAAAAACUCAGGAUUGCUCGUAAUUUUUUCUGUAAAAUGCAAGAUCGUGGCAUUCCUCCAAAUGUUGUCACCUAUGCUUCGUUGUUUGAUGGCUUAUGCAAAAGUGAUAGUACUGAUGUGGCAAUGGGAAUGUUGAAAGGUAUGGAAAGAAAGGGUGUUCAGCCUGAUAUCACCAUCUACAAUAUCCUACUUGACAGCUUGUGUAAGGCCGAACGGUAUGAUGAUAUGUCGAAGUUGUUAUCUGAUCUUGCAGUCAAGGGUUUGGAUGCUGAUGUUAAAACGUUCAAUAUAAUGAUCAAUGCCUUCUGCAAGAAAGGGCUUAUGAGUGAAGCAAUUCAGUUACUGACUGAAAUGGAGGAAAAAGGCUGCUAUCCCAAUAGUGAAACCUAUGAUAAUAUUGUUAGAACAUUUAUUCACAAGAAUAACUUAUCGAUGGCAUUAUACUAUCGGGAUGUUAUGGUUGACAAGGGAUUUGAAGCUGCUGCUAAGAAAUUACCAUUAUCUAAGAAAUCACGAUGA